AUGUCUAAACUCAUGGAUGAUAUUGAACUUGUCCCAAUUGCUGAUGUCAAACUCCAUCUAGUUCGUACUUAUGAGGCACGAAUGAAGCGAAGAUGGGAACGAAAACAACAAAAAGAAGAAACGACCAUUCCCUUACUGCAACAUGGGGAACUUUUUGCGAAGAAACUUCAAUCUGUAGAGGGUUACGUGAUUCCAGAUAACUGGGAAGAGGUUCAUUCUACAGUUUUGCGCCAGGGCACCUUGUUACCUGCAUUAUUUCUGUCCUCUAUGAAGCACUAUUAUCCUAAGCACUUUCUUCCUGCUAUCGAAGUAAUUGGUGAACGAAUAUGGGAACAGCAACUGCCUGUACAUAAAGGAGCUCAUCUUUUUCAAUGCUCACGUGAUGCUGGAAUAAGCUUCAAAGAAUCAGACGAAAUCAUAUCUCGGCUGAGCCACGUUGGGGCUUGUUUCCAAAUCAGUGUUAACGGUUGCUGUGCUAUGGUUUUAUCUUUGUUUCAGCACCUCUUUUUUAGGCUUCCAGCGCUCCAUUUUUUGCUUCAACAACAAGUGACGCACCGACAACAACCUUCAACGAUUUCAAUGAUUUCAAGAAAUCCCCGUUGA